CUCCACCAGUCUCACCAAGGGCAUCUCGCAACACACCAGAGGCCGGAAACCAUGGCGCCCGGCACCGCAGAGCAGCCCGCAAAGAGGCGCAAAAAGCAGCAGCCUUCCAAUGUGAUAACAAUCGGAGGCAAAGCCUUCUCACUCGACAGUUACCUGGACCCAACCCCCAAGGCCCCUGGAACGAAACCGUCAGCGCCGCCAUCAGAAUCGGCCACGCCUGAUCCAGAGCCCUCGACCGCAGCUGGUAAUGCCGCGACCGCAGAGUCGAAGCCUGGCAAACGAAAUUUGCCAAGGCAAGACAAGAAGGAUAAGCCGCGCGUCAACAGCCAAGAGGACCGUCAGCUGCUCAAGACGAGAAAGGAACUUCCCAUUUGGCAGCAUCGCUCCGAGAUUCAGGCCGCGCUCCGAUCACGCGACAGCCAUGUCCUCGUUCUGGUCGGCGAGACAGGCUCCGGAAAGAGUACACAGGUGCCGCAGUUUCUCUACGAAGAGCCCUGGUGCCAGCGCCGGAAAGUCAAGCUGCAUGGUUCCCAGGACGAAGUCGGCGUUGGCGGCAGCAUAGCCAUCACGCAGCCUAGGCGAGUCGCGGCGACGACAUUGGCUCAACGAGUGUCUCGCGAAGCUGGAACCCCUCUAGGGAAGGGGAGGCCGGAUGGCCUUGUCGGCUACUCGGUUCGUUUCGACCAUCAGGUCCCGCGGGGAGCCAAGAUCAAGUUCCUCACCGAGGGUACGCUGCUCCAAGAGCUGCUACGGGAUCCGUAUCUGCGGCAAUACAGCGCCGUGAUCGUUGACGAAAUCCAUGAAAGAAGCCUGGAUGUCGAUCUACUCGUUGGAUUCCUGAAGCAAAUCUUGAUGGGAGACUUGAAAGGCCGGGGCGGCAUUCCCCUCAAAGUCAUCAUCAUGAGCGCGACGGCAGACGUCGACGGCAUCCGGCAAUUCUUCAGCGACAUUCCUGUCGCGGACGAAAACCAGGAGCGCGUUCAAGUGCUUCGCAUAAAGGGUCGGCAGUUCCCUGUCGAGGUGAUUCACGAGCCUCGGCCGGUUCCGGACAUUCAGGACGCCCUGUUGAAACGCAUCUUCAAGAUCCAUCUUGAGGAGGCCCUUCCCGGAGACAUACUAGCAUUUCUCACUGGCCAAGAGGAGAUCGAGUCAGCCCAGAAGCUUAUCGAAGAAUAUGCCGCAACGCUCGCCUCAAACGUGCCCAAAAUAAAGGUUUGCCCACUUUACGGGCAGCUUUCAAUGGAGGGGCAACGCGACGCCUUUUUACCCGUCAAGGCGUCGUUCACCCGUAAGAUUGUCCUGGCCACAAACAUUGCCGAGACGUCGGUGACGGUGCCUGGCGUUCGAUACGUGGUGGAUUGUGGCAAGGCUAAGGUGAAGAAGUACCGCCCGCGCCUCGGCAUGGAGUCGCUCCUCGCCAAGGUCAUAUCAAAGUCGUCGGCACUACAGCGAACGGGCCGCGCAGGUCGUGAGGGGCCUGGCAAGUGCUUCCGGUUGUACGCUGAGAGCACUUUCGAGGCGUUCCAGGACGCAGAUCUCCCUGAGAUUUUGCGCAACGACGUCCUUGGCGCCGUGCUGACGAUGAAGGCGCGCGGCAUUCACGAUGUUCUGGCGUUUCCUCUCAUGGACACACCGGGAACUGAAUCCAUUGAGAAGGCUCUACUUCACUUGCACUAUUUGGGAGCUCUCGCCGACGACGGGACAAUCACGCCGGCGGGAGAGAAGAUGGCAAGGUUUCCUCUGCCGGCACCGUACGGCGCGGUCUUGCUGACCGCUGCACACCCCGAGUUCGACUGUGUGAACGAGGCUAUUGACAUUGUAUCCUGCAUUACAUCCGGCGACGACAUAUUUCUGCAGCUGCAAUCAGAGGAGGCCCAGGAGCAGGCGGGAGCUCUGCGCAAAGAGAUCCAAAGACGCGAGGGCGACAUCAUUACGUAUCUGACAACCAUGCAGCGCUACACAGGGGAGAACGCCGACAGGACCGACUGGUGCAAGCAGAGGAGGAUUAAUCUACGCAACAUGCGGCAGGCGCUCAACAUCCGCCGGCAGCUUCGGGGCAUGUGUCUCAAGGAGAAACUUUUGGCGGAAGCGCCGCCACCAGAUCCGCAACCAUUUACGCCAAUAGACCCCGAGAGGGCUGAAGUGAUUCUCAAGUGUUUCAUGAGAGGCUUCGCCAUGAAGACGGCGAUGCUGGCGCCAGACGGCAGCUAUGUGACGAUACAGGGAAAGCACGUGGUAGCGAUUCACCCGGCGAGCGUCCUGCACGGGCAGAAGAAGGAGGCCAUCAUGUUUCUGGAGCACGUCUUCACGAACAAGAACUAUGCCAAAAAGGUCAGCGCGAUUCGAGCCAACUGGAUCGUCGAGGCGAUGGAGGCUAGAUACUAGUAGAGGGCACUCUAAUGUACAUGGCAGAUUACUGCUACUACAAUUACAUACAUGCUCAGUAAUUCCUGG